AUGUUUUCACCCCUGAAGAAAUUAUUCAAGUCAGAGAAGGCUUCAGAGGACGUGGUCCCAGGAGUUGAGGCUGAAGGUGCUCUUGCACCAACAGAUAGUGCGCACGAAAUGGAUCAACUGGAGACAGCCGCUAGGGCCCAGCAAAAAAUUGAGCACGGGCUAUCUAGGUGGGAGGCCAUCAAGCUGUACCCAAGGGCUUCAGCGUGGAUGUUAUUCAUGGUGUGGGCCAUGAUUUUGGUCGGUUACGAGAAUCAAGCUGGUUCGAUUGUCAUUUCUAUUCCCCAGUUUAGACAGGAUUUUGGUCACAAGUACAAAACUGAAUAUGUUUUGGACACCCAAUGGCAAUCGGCCAUUUCUGGAGGUCCUCUGGGUGCCAUUGCGAUUUCCUCUUUCGCUUCUUCUUGGAUUGGUGAUCGGUUUGGAAGAAAAUGGAUCAUUGUCAUUGCCCUGAUCGUUUCCAUUCCUAGUAUCGCUAUCGAGUAUGUUGCUACUAGUAUCGAGGUAUUUUUCGCUGGAAAAUUCAUUAAUGCCCUUUGUUUGGGUGUGUUCUCCACACUUUGUGUGACUUACGUUUCCGAAGUGUCUCCUUUGGCUUUGAGAGGUCUUUCUGCUGCUCUUUGUUCGUUGUCGUUGUGUAUUGGUCCGUUCAUCUGUUUCUUGAUCAACAACACAACUGCUACUUACACUUCCAGAAUGGCCUACAGAGGUGUCUUUAUCCCCCAGUGGAUUUUCUCGAUUUCAUGCUUGGUGGUUGCUCCAUUUUUGCCUGAAUCACCAUACUAUUAUAUUGCCAAGAACAAGGACAACAAGGCCGUGGAAAGUUUGAAAAGACUAUACACUCCAGCACAAGCUCAGCAGCAGUUUGCCAUUAUGAAGAUCACCUAUGAGGAAUCCAGACUCAUUUCUGCGUCAACAACUUAUGCUGACUGUUUCAAGAAAAGCGAUCUUAAAAGAACUUUGAUUAUCGUGUUUGCGUUCUUCAUGCAACCAAUGUCUGGAGUCUCCUUUAUUGCAUCUUACUCCACUUAUUACUAUCAAUUGGCGGGUUUCUCAACUCAACGGUCGUACCAGUUGAGUUGUGGAGCUCAAGCACUUUCCAUUUGCGGUGUCAUUGGUUCCUGGUUCAUCAUCGACAGGUUUGGACGUAGACCUUUGAUGCUCUAUGGAAUGCUCUCACUGACGAUCUUGAACCUGAUUGUUGCCGGAGCUGGUACUGACACCUCGAAUAUGACGGCCAUGACUGUUGCUUCAGCCUUCAUUGCCAUGUACAACUUUUUCUACAACGGCUCCAUUGGACCUCUGACUUAUGUUCUCGCCUCUGAAGUUUCUUCUGUUGGUCUGAGAGCAAAGACAAUGGCUCUUGGAACAAUUACCAACUACGCGUUCCAAUGUCUGUGGUCGUUUGUCUUGCCAUACAUGUUCAACCCAGAUCAGGGCAACAUGGGAUCAAAGAUCAACUUCAUCUUCACGGGUAUAUCUUUUUUGUCAUUAUUUGCGUUCUACUUCUACUUACCAGAAACAGCGGGUAGAUCGUUCGAGGAGAUUGAUGAACUAUUCGCUAAUAAAGUUCCAGCUAGAAAGUGGAAGUCAUACGUUACUGAAAGACAAUCUGAGAGCGAAAAGUGUUUUGAUCAGCUGAAGCAGGAUGUAGCUUACGUCGAAGAAGUUUAA